UGAUAGCAAACACGAGGUCGGGCGUUGUUGCCUGUUUGGUUUGUAUGUUAUGAUGUAUAUUUAAAAUUCGUUUUACCCUUUAAAAGUAGCAGUUAGUUUUUUUUCUCUUAGUACUUGUUUACAAUCUUCAUUAAAUAAUUAACGUCUGUAUGAAUGGAAGAAACGUUGACCAAGUCGUCCGGCAGCGCCGACAGUUUAGAAUCAGCCGAUUGGCAGUUACCGCUGUGUUUUACCAAAAAGAGACACACCGAAGAAAUCAAAAGCGUUCAAACUGUAGUCAGUUCAUGGCGACUCAAAGAACGGAUGAAAACAGUAAGCGUAGCCCUUGUAUUAUGUUUAAAUGUAGGGGUAGAUCCUCCUGACGUUUUCAAAAUUCAACCUUGCGCUCGGUUAGAGUGCUGGAUAGAUCCUUUAAUGAUGAUACCUCAGAAAGCACUUGAAAUGAUCGGUGCAAAUUUACAAAGACAAUAUGAAAGAUGGCAACCAAGAGCACGCUAUAAGCAAUCAUUAGAUCCGACUAUAGAAGAAGUUAAGAAACUUUGUGUUUCCCUAAGACGAAAUGCAAAAGAAGAAAGAGUACUCUUUCAUUACAAUGGGCACGGUGUCCCUAAACCAACAUCCAACGGAGAAAUUUGGGUGUUUAAUAGACAAUAUACUCAGUACAUACCAUUAUCUAUUUACGACUUACAAUCAUGGAUGGGAUCGCCAUCGAUUUACGUGUACGAUUGUUCCAAUGCGGGUAUGAUCGUUAAACUGUUUAAUCAGUUUGCCGAACAACAUGAAAGAGAAAUUUUGCAUGACGCUUCCCAGAAUCCCAUGAUUUUACAUUCUGAAGGUUCGUCUUUUAAAAACUGCAUUCAACUUGGAGCAUGUCAAAUCGAUCAGACACUUCCGAUGCACCCAGAUUUGCCUGCCGAUCUAUUUACAUCAUGUUUGACUACGCCAAUAAAAAUGGCAGCUAGAUGGUUUGUCAUGCAAAACAUGUCUAAGUACUGUUCCAAGUCAUACCUCGAAUUAGUAGAUAAAAUACCGGGUACGCUAAACGAUAGACGUACAAUGCUAGGAGAAUUAAAUUGGGUAUUUACAGCUAUUACCGAUACUAUAGCUUGGAAUAUUUUACCUAGAGAUACUUUUCAAACUUUAUUUCGACAAGAUUUAUUAGUCGCUAGUCUACUGAGAAAUUUUUUGCUGGCCGAACGUAUAAUGAGAACUUAUGAUUGUGAGCCCGUCUCAUCUCCUAAAUUACCACCAAUGCAUAAUCAUCCUAUGUGGCAGUCUUGGGACCAUAUAUUAGAUUUAUGUUUAUCGCAAUUACAACGUGUUCAAGAACACGGCGAUGGAUGUUUUGUACGUACAACAUUUUUUGAAGAACAAUUAACGGCUUUUGAAAUCUGGUUGGAUCACACAGCCUGUUUGCCUACACAACAGCGAAGUGCACCCGAACAACUACCUAUUGUACUCCAAGUUUUAUUAAGUCAAGCUCAUAGACUUCGAGCUCUGGAUUUGCUUGGACGAUUUUUGGAUUUAGGACCUUGGGCAGUCAAUUUAACUUUGUCAGUUGGCAUAUUUCCUUAUAUACUUAAACUACUUCAAAGUUUUGCAGUCGAGUUAAGGCCUAUGUUGGCAUUUAUUUGGGCCAAAAUAAUGGCUGUUGACCAUACAUGUCAAACCGAUAUUGUAAGAGAAAAUGGGUUUAAAUACUUUUUUCAGUUGGUCGAAGAUAUACAAUUGCCUGAAGAACAAAGAAUGUUGGGCGCCGUAGUGUUAUCUCGUCUUAUGCAAAACUAUAGGAAUGGUCAACAACUAGGGCUUAAGAACAAUUUAGUGUGUGUAUGUCUAGAUCAGCUAGUCCACGCUAGUCCUCCUUAUAAACAAUGGUUGACAUUAUGUCUUGCACAAUUGUGGGCCGACUACGAUAAAGCACGCUGGGUUGGGGUGCGAGAUAGUGCACACGAAAAGUUAUAUUUAUUAUUGGAAGACAAAGUACCUGAAGUUCGUGCUGCAGCAGUGUUUGCUCUAGGCACUUACGUAACCUGUGAUAAAGAUCGUAGUAAUCAUGCUUUGCACGUAGAUCAAAGUAUUGCAUUGACAUUGUUGAAUACAGUUGCAAGAGAUAUGAGUCCUAUGGUCAGAGAGGAAGUUAUUAUAGCAUUACAGUGGACUGUAAUAGCGUUUGAAAGAUAUUUCUUAGAAAUAGCGACACAAAAACAAAACGAAAAAUCUUAUGGAUCUCUUUAUAAAAGUCCGAACGGCAGUUUAAAAUCAUCGAGUUUAUCAAGAAUGGGCUCCAAAGAAAAACUGUUAAAUUCAACCACUAGUCCAAUUGUUACUGUGAUUUCACCUCCAAUAUUGUCUGUAUCUAGCAAUACUGAUGAAUUAACAGAAGAUAAAAAGUCUGAACAAUUAAGGCGUACGGCUUCGUCUUCUUCGAUAGUUACCUUAGAUGCUUAUCAUACUGCGUCAGCGGUGAAUAAUAUUCAUGCUCAAAUAUGGAAAGGUUUGACUGCUUUAGAACAUGACAUAUUCCCUGAUGUAGCAAACACCGCACAGAAAUUAACUAGAUACAUUAAGCAAAAGCUUAAAGCAAAACCUGAAGGUCGCGCAUCACAUUCUUUGCCUGCAUCACCGUCUUCAAGAAGUUACCUUAGUCAAGGAGAAUCGCCUCCAUUAUCAGUAACGGAACUCCGCUCUAGACCAAGAGCACCGAUGGUACAACAAAGGUCUAGUUCCAGAACGAGGAGUACGGUUCCCAACACUAUUGCGGAAGAAGCUACCGUGCUUUCAUCAUCGUCGUCGCCACCAAAUAUCGAGAGCGACGGAGAGAAAGAUUUUAAUAAAUCUAAAAGCUUAUUAAGAUCUCAGUUUUUCGAAUGGGUUUCAAAAAACUUUGCUCAUCCUUUAAAUGGAAUGAGUGAAGGAGGUGAUCUUGAAAGUGCAAUAUACUAUGAGCGAGAGUGGAGGUAUUCUCGGAAUAUGGUAAUUCGAAAAGAGGCGAUAGAAGAACAAAAUAAGGUGAAUAAUUCAAAUUGUAAAAUAGAACAUCAAAUAUUUUCAUCAAAAUGUAGUCAAACGCCAAAUUCGUUAAUUUUUCAUCCAUACGAUCCACAUGUUGUUAUGGCCACGAAAGAUUAUCUCACGGUUUGGGAUUAUCAUUCCAGUUACAAGUUAAGUCAAUGGAGACCUGAUUUGAGAAAUCACAAUCUUGAUGUGCCGUAUAGGCACACUCCGCACUUGUCUGCCGUAGAAUUGUUAAACAGUCAUGAUAUUUCAUUAGUAUUAGCGGGAUACAACGAUGGAAACGUUCAAAUUUGGUCUCAGUGCACUGAUGGUCCUAAGUUACUUACCGGAUGGCAAGCGUUACCAAUCUGCAGGAAUGCCAGUUUCGAAAGAACUUCUUCGAUGGCACUACAUUGGGAUCAAAGAUCGUGUCAUUUAAUAUGUGGUGGUGAUUCGAGGGUAAUAAAAGUAUGGGAUGUCGAGACUGAAACUAAACUGACUGCUAUAUCAACUGGUGUUAAUGCUUCUGUAACCUGUCUAUCAAUGCAGUCUAAAGAAAAUAAUAUAUUCGCUGCUGGUUGUAAAGACGGAUCUAUAAAAGUGUUUGAUAAACGGCUACCUCCAGACGAGGCGAAAAUCGCUUCUUUUAUGGAGCACCAAGCUAGGAUACUUACUUUAAGACUUCAGGAUGCUACCGUAGUGUCUAUUAGUUCAAAAGGUGACAUAAAAACUUUUGAGUUUGGACAAAGCGCCUCCCAACGUCAAUUCCGUGUCAAUAGCAUCAACUCGGCCGCCAUUCACACAACUGCUAAUAUUUUAGCCUGUUGUGCUAAUCAAAUGUUGUUGUUCUACAACACAGAAGGACAGUUAUUGAACUCUUUAAGAUUAACCGACUGGUUUAUGAGUUCGCGGUAUAUGCCUAUAGUAACUACUAAAUUUCAUUCGCAAAGAGUUCUGCUUGCUACUGGUGCUGUAGACGGCACAAUAGCAUUGUACUCGAUUGAUCCCAAAAGAUAAUUUACUAAUCAUUUUUUACACAUGCAUUAAUAAUAUUUUUGUUGUUAUUCUUUUUUCUUUCCUUUUUUUUUUUUUUUAACUUU